AUGAAGCGCACACCCAAUGCCCAUAUUCCCCUAUGCCCCUUCGUCUUUCCUUUCUAUACACACAGACAACGAGGGGGAAUCCCAACAAAAGGAACGACAAACCCGGGAGGGAAGAAGAAAGAAACGGAAAAAGAAAACAGACGAAAAAAAAGGAACCGAACAAUAAUGACUCCAUGGGGUACGCUUUGCAUGUCUCUGACGAGCGCAUAUGCGAAUUGA